AUGCGUGUGAACUUCGGCAUGUCACAGGAUUGUCCUCUUCACAAGUACCAGGCCGAUGGUGGCCAUCCCGAUGGGCAGCACAAGGGGCCACAGUGCGAUCUAGACGAGUCACUCCUGCAACACUUAACCGCAUUGUACAACAAGUACGCGAAUGAAAAUAGCAAUUGGUCGAAAGACCAGAUUGGUAUUUUCAUGCAAAAUGUCCAAAUGGAAGACCCCAACGGCCCGGCUAGUUAUCUAGCUGAAAAAGACAGUUUAAAUCUAUUUGACUUCGUUGAGUAUUUUACCUCUCCGUGCGGCAACGCCCUUGAACUGGCCAUUCCUGAGGACUUCGACUCGAGUACCGAAGUCUACAAAAACACUCUACUUCGUGGUUGCCGGUGCAUAGAAAUCGAUAUUUGGGAUGGUAUUGAAUACAUCGUGCCUGGCCUGGACUCAGAUGAGCCAAACAACAAAUUGCGAAGCCCGACAAAGGUGCUGCCACAGGAGAUGAGCCGUUUGGACCGCAUUGCCCUCAAAGUAGCCGGUUGGGCGAUGCAAAAAUUCGAGAAAGCCAAGAGUUCUCCAUGGCUAUACAUUGACAAAGGAAAUUUCCUUUCGCGACGUGUGCCAGGUGGUGACUAUGCCUUCAUUGUAUCGGAUCUGCCGCUCAUUGUCAGUCUCGAGGUCCAUUGCUCUCCUCGGCAGCAGGACGCGAUGGCAGAUAUCAUGAAAGAGGCUUGGAAUGAUUACCUACUUCCUGCGCCCGAAUUCGAGCUUAACCCUCUGCCGUCGCCUUCCGAGCUUUCGCGCAAGAUUCUUGUUAAAGUCAAGUACGUGCCGAGCAAGCACAGCAGAAACAGUGGAGAAAGUAUACUUGAGAAACGGACUGAAAUGCCAAAAACCCCGGUCAAAGUCGAGGAAAGGGAGGUCAAGACCUCUGCCAUCACAGCCCGUCUUAGUCGCUUAAGCGUUCAUACCCGUGGGGUGACCUUCAAGUCCCUUGAACAGCGCGAGGCCAUGAUGCCCAAUCAUGUCUUUUCGCUCUCGGAGCCCGUCGCGCUGGACCUACAGCACCGAAAUCCUACAGCUCUGUUUGGUCACAACAAAGACUUUCUCAUGCGGAUAUAUCCGCAUAGGAUGCGUAUCGACUCCUCCAACUUUGACCCCACCAUUUUCUGGCAAGCGGGGGCGCAGCUUGUCGCGCUAAACUGGCAGUCAUUGGACAUUGGCAUGAUGCUAAAUGAGGGCAUGUUCUCUGGAUCCAACGGAUACGUCCUCAAGCCAGGAGGCUACCGCAGUGCGGAUGAGAUAAAAGCGAGGGCUGGCGACAUUGUAAGCAACUUGCUAAGCAUCCCAAACAAGAUGCUCCAGAGAGUAGCCGUAACAGUUAUGGCGGCCCAAUAUUUGCCUCAGGUCGGCGGGAAAGAUUUUACCCCAUAUGUCAAAGUUGAGCUACAUGCCCGGCCUGACGUAUUCACGGUCGCAGCGGGCAAUAAAUAG